AAGGGGGGAUGAAAGUGAUUGCUGGGAGCGACUGGCACGGUGUUGGCCAUCUUGGAAAGAUAUGUCGUGUAGAUGUAAACGUCAACAGGAGAUUGUUUAUCCGACAACAGACGGUCCGGCUUUUUGCCCUCACUAAAAUCGCGCAUCGUCGUGAAUCGUCGUCGCCAAGGAGGGUCGCGUCAGGCGCGUCAUUUCUAGAAUAAUCCGCCCGCUCGUAUCUUCGCAACACACUCAGGAUGAAUCGGGGUGACGGUCUGGUGCAACGUCGCAGAAUUGUAAACAGCGGCAGCGGGGGUAGCGGAGGAAACGGCCAGGAUGGCUCCAACGACCUAACCGGGAACUCGGACAAGUCCUCGGGGCAUGGCGCCGACUCCGAGAGCUCCUCCCAGAAGGACCUCAACUGUAAUCCAGCCGUUGACUCGGACUCCGACAAGGAGACGAGGCUCACCCUCAUGGAGGAGGUUCUCUUACUAGGUCUCAAGGACAAGGAGGGAUACACGUCCUUCUGGAACGAUUGUAUUAGCUCCGGUCUGCGUGGUUGCAUCCUUGCCGAGCUCGGUCUCAGAGGACGAGUCGAAUUGGAGAAGGCUGGUAUGCGGAGGCGCGGUUUACUCGCCAGGAAACUCCUUCUCAAGAGCGACUCGCCUACAGGUGACGUCCUCCUAGACGAGGCUCUUAAACAUCUUAAGGAGACGGAUCCUCCUGAGACUGUUCAGAGCUGGAUCGAAUACCUCAGCGGCGAGACUUGGAAUCCGCUGAAGCUACGAUACCAGCUCAAAAAUGUGAGGGAACGAUUGGCCAAGAAUCUUGUCGAGAAGGGUGUUCUCACCACUGAGAAACAGAACUUUCUUCUGUUCGAUAUGACCACUCACCCGCUCACGGAUAACCUUGCCAAAACUCGGCUGGUCAAAAAGAUUCAAGAAGCUGUACUCGGUCGAUGGGUAAACGACGCGGGCCGAAUGGAUCGCAGAACGCUGGCGUUGGUGAUUUUGGCACAUGCAGCUGAUGUCUUGGAAAAUGCUUUUGCCCCGCUGUGCGACGAUGACUAUGAGGUUGCGAUGAGGCGAGUACGAACUUUGCUAGACCUUGACUUUGAGGCAGAGGCCGCGAAACCAAACGCGAAUCCCGUCCUUUGGGCCGUAUUUGCAGCGUUUACAAAGUAGCGACAUUUUCCCAACUGCCUCAGAGUAUAGGGAUCAAUGAAUUUAUUUGAUAUAUAUGUGUAAAUAGAAGGAUCGAGUGUACGCGCGUCGUUCAAAGUCGCGCGUCGGUGUACAUAUGCACACCCAGGUAAAUUAUGCCACCCUCACUUUCGUUAAUAAAUAUUUAUAGUCUUAAGGGCGUCCGACAUUCAUUUUCGUUCCGAAAUAUCUCAACGCUUGAUUGAUGAAAUGUUUGUAUUUUAUCAUUCGUGUAAAUGUAUCAAAAUGAAUGACGCGUUUUGGCCCAUAUUUGUCCGUGAUAUAUGUCGCCCCAACUUGGUUUCUACCCCCCAAAUUGUCCAAACGAACCAUUUUGGUGCGAGAGGUGAUGUUCCCAAAAAAUUCUAGACCUUUUCAGCCAGAGACAUUCGUUUUUAUUUCCUGUAUUUUUGAGCUUAUUUAUAUUGGUAUUUUGAUUUCUUUUUUGGUGACGUUUAACAGUUGCUGCUUGAAUUCACUUUUGCGCCAAGCGCAGGGCCAACAUUCAUUUGACUCUUGAUCAUUGUAACAACGCCAUUUAUUAGGUAAAUAAUUUCUAAGUUUUUUCCUCGUUUGUUUAUUUUUCUUUUGUUUUAGUAAUUUUUAGAGCGUGUGUCAAUAGAAUUUAUUUGAAUUACCGGCGGGGCAGGUAAAAAAAAUUUAGGACGGUCGUGUGAUUUAUGAUUAAACAGUACCUACACAUGAUUUUUAGAAGCGGACGUAAGUAUUAUUUCAUAUACGUUGCGACAAAUUGAAAGAGUGGUACGAUUUAUAGAAUUCCUGAUGGUAAAUUAUCUUUGUCGUUUACUUAAACUAUGAAUCGUAAGUUUCUUUGUGUUUUAUUUACGAUUACGAAUAUUCCUGUCCCGGUGUAAAUGAAUUGUUUCCAUUACAUUUCUCAUCGAUUAUUCCAAAUAAUAAUUGUCGCUCUAAUUGUGACUUUCAAACAGGCUUAUAUAGCUGAUCGUUUGCAAAAAGUAAAACUGAUAAAUGAAAUAAUCGUAACUGAAGUUAAUC